AUGCCUUCCUUCGGAUUCGGCAAAGGUGCCAAGGUUCCCAAGCUGGAUGGCGUUGACGGUCUUCUUGCCUACCUUCUGCCAGAAUCUGAGCUGCCCAAGCUUCGUAUCCGCGACAACACAGAGGUUGAUGUCAUUGACUUACCCGAUAUGAAGGGCAGGGAGGUUGUCGUCAGUACCGAUAUCCCUGACGUGGACCUUCCGAAGCUGUCUGCCGAUCUGAAGACUGAGAAGAUCACACUGCCUGACGGAAAGAUCAAGAAUGUGUUAACGCAGAAGCUCAAGGGCAACGCCGAACUACCCCUACCUAAGGUGUCUGGCGCAGACAUUGACGACAUCAAGCUUCCCGAUGGCUCGAUAAAGACAUCGUUCAAGCCCAAGGCUGGGUUCAAGUGGCCGAAAAUCUCGCUGCCAUCUCUCCAACUCCCGGACUGGGACUUUGGUUCCGGUGAUACGUCAGCAGUUGUAGAAAGGAAGGAGAAGAGUGAC